UUACUGUCACUAUAACAACCAGGGCACCAAUGUUCCAGCAAGGUUUUGCCUUCCGACCUGGACACAGCUGCUGUUAAAACAAGGGAGGAAUUUACCAUUUCUGCACCAAUGAAUUCAUUAUCAAGGGAUGCUCAGGUCAAGAUCAUGGAAGGUACGGUGGUCAGCGCCGAGAAGUACCUUGGCCAGUUUUGCACGCUGCUGGCUUCUUACACCCGGAAGACAGCCAGACUGAGGGACAAGGUUGACCUCCUGAUAAGACAGAUCAUGGACUUUGCAAAUACUGAGAACCCAGAGAUGCGAACGUGCCUUAAGGGCUUUGGAGAGGAGUUGUCUAAAGUUCAGGACUAUCGUCAGGCACAGGUGGAGAGAUUGGAUAUUAAAGUCAUCGGACCACUCAAGGCUUAUGGACCACUGACGAAAUCCAAACGGGCUGAUAUCAAAAAAUUCAACAGUGUCAGAAAUCGUGAAAUGAAAGAACUGGAGCUUCUGCAAAAGGUGAAACAAAAGAACCCCUCGGACAGGCAAGGAAUUGCCCAAGCUGAAGCCAACGUGCAGAAGGCUUCAGUCGAUGUCAACCACACUACAUAUCAGCUGGAAGAGAUCAUUUUCAAAUUUCAGAAGCAGAAACUCAAGGACUUGAAGGAUAUCUUCACAAACUUCGUGACGAUUGAGAUGAUAUUCCAUGCCAAAGCCCUUGAGGUGUACACAAAUGCCUUCCAGUGCUUGAACAACUUGGACGAAGGGAAGGACCUUGAGGUGUUUAGGUCACAGAUUUCCAUUGGUGAACUCGAGAGCGAUGCACGUCCAUCUCAAGCUCACAGCACCUUGGCUCCUCGACGCUCCGCUGGUCGACAGGAAGAGGUUUCUGAGGAUGAGCAGGAUGAAGAAGAGGAUGAGGCGGAUGAAGUGGAGGAAGUUGAGGAGUUGCAGGAAAUCAGUGCUGAAGAAUACGAACAAUAGACAAAGAUUAGAAAAUGAGACAUCUAUCACUGAUGGCUCUCCCGUUCCCUUCCCAAGAAUAGUUGUUUAUCCAGAAAAACGUUUCUUUACGCUGCUCUCCCACCACGUAAUUCCAGUAUUUCGUUCAAGUUGACUGUCAUUUAACCAUACACAUAUAUACAGCAAAAUGAGACAUCGUUCCUCUAUGUCAAGGUGAAAAACACAGUACAUAUAGUCACACACUGCACAUACAGUAUAUAGAGUCACAAAAUAAUAUUAAUACAAAUCCCUGAGUGGCAUGGCCUGAAGCUUGACAGUUUGACAUAAAUUGUGAGGUGCCUGUUGAUGUAAGACAGUAUAAUGUUAUUGGUACUAUCAUAAUGGAGCAAGCAGACAUAUAAAUAUACAAAACAGCAGCAAUAACAGCUUCAGGUUCUGUUGAGAAUCUACAAAGCAUUUUACAUUAUUAGUUUGUUUUGAAAUGCUAGUUUCCAAUUUAUUGUUUCUGAGAAUCAGAUGAGUGAAUUGGAUUUUUUACAAACCAUUUGGUAAGGUAAAAAUUAAAAGAAAGCCUGCAGAUUAUGUAAAUUUGGAAUAAAAUCUGAAGAUGCUGGAAAUGCGCAGCAGGCCAAUCAGCGUCUGUGGAGACCUCUGAUGGUUUCCAUAGUGUUUCUUUGUUUCAUGACUGUCUGCAGGAGGAAGAAUCUCAGGGCUCUGUACUGCAUAAAUAUUUUGGUAAUAACUGUACUUUGAAUUUUUGAAUCUUUGAGAAGAGCAGAAUUAAAGAGUUAUUGGAACUGGUAAAGUGGAAAGACAAGUUUGAAGUUGCAAAGCAAGUGGGAGAGGCAUGGAUAGGACAAAGUGAAUAUCUGCAAUAGACCAAGGCCAGGAUAGCUGAUGAGUUUUCCAUGCUGACAGAACCAUCUGGUUCAGAGGUUAAUGAAGGAAGAUAGAGAUAAAAGAAGGAGCAUGUUAGAGUUGUGAAAUGCAGGUCGGAACAGUUGUUGAAUCUGAAGCCAACGUGAGAAUAUUGGAAAUGGCCAGGAUGUUAACAAAUAUCUGUGCAGCAAGAGACCAAGCUCAUAUUAAGAAAGAAGAUACAGGUACUCGACAUAAGAGCUAGCCAGUUCUGAUACAAAUAGAAAAUGCUACCUGACUAAAAUUAUUGAAUUUGAUAUAGAAUUCCAAUAUCUGCAAUCUCCCAGAUAGACGAUGAAGUGUUAUUCCUCAAGCUUUGUUCUUCUUGUUGACUGGUAUUGGAGGUCACAGACAGGUGGAUCAGAGCAAGAGGGAAUUAAAGUUGUAGCGUCUCUCUUGUGGACUAAUCAGAAGUGUUCUGCAAAGUGGUCACCCAGAUGGUAUUUGGCUUUCUCGGACAUGUUGUAAGUAUUAAAUGCAUUUUUAACAUUCUUAUAGUAGUUUGAUAAAACUGUUGACUGAGUUCUUAAUAAACUAUUGAAAGAAAGUAAGUGAAUCACUUCUUCACCUGCUAGGACUGUUGGGGCAUCUGGAUGGUGGGAAGGAAUGGGUUAAAAGAGAAGUGUAUUAUACCUCAUAUGGAGAGUGUUGUGUGAAGGAGUUUGGUUCAUAGAGAUGGAAAAUCAGACCAGAGAGUCAAAAAGGGAAUGGUGCAGCUGAAAGGGGGAAGGGUGGAAAAUGUAUCCAGUGGUGAAAGUAUUUUAAAGAUGACAGGAAGCAUGAAGAGAAUCCAUUGAAAAUUGAGUCAGGUAGGGUAACAUGACUCCAGCCAGCAGAAGAGCUGAAAGCAUAUCUCAUGUACAUUUUGGAAACCAAAUGGAGAUUGGGACACUGCUUCGUGUAAUGCCUUUGUUCAGUCCAGAAGAGUGGCUGUCACUAUAAUUCCCCACCCCAGUUCUAUUCUGGUCUUUCUGCUGCUGCUCUCCAACAUGAU